UUGGAAGCGAUGCAAGAGCGAUAAGGCUGGCGCGGGCCCGCGGAAGCUGCAGGAGCAUCGCUAGGUGUUGCCGCCACCAGGAAGCCGGGCUGCAGGAUGAGUAAGAGAUACUUACAGAAAGCAACAAAAGGAAAACUGCUAAUAAUAAUUUUUAUUGUAACCUUGUGGGGGAAGGUUGUGUCCAGUGCAAACCAUCAUAAAGCUCACCAUGUUAAAACGGGCACUUGCGAGGUGGUGGCACUCCACAGAUGUUGUAAUAAGAACAAGAUAGAAGAACGGUCACAAACAGUCAAGUGCUCCUGCUUCCCUGGGCAGGUGGCAGGUACCACACGAGCUGCUCCAUCUUGUGUGGAUGCUUCAAUAGUGGAACAGAAAUGGUGGUGCCAUAUGCAACCAUGUCUUGAGGGAGAGGAAUGUAAAGUUCUUCCAGAUCGGAAAGGAUGGAGCUGUUCCUCUGGGAAUAAAGUGAAAACAACUAGGGUAACCCAUUAACAAAGGAUAAAUCAAGUGAUCCUCAAGGCUAAUUACGUUGAACAUCAGCAUAGAAACAUAACUCAUGAGGUGAUCUUGAAGGAAAAUUUUUAUACAGCUCACAAGAGGCACUCUGGAGUCUAUUAUUUCCAGGGGAUUUCAUGGCUUGUAAUCAGCUUCUUCUUGGAAUCAAGACUUUUUAAAAGUCCGACAUGAACUUCUAUAUCAUGAAGAUUUCAUCAGAUUUGAACUGUGUUCAACUUGUAUAAUUGCGCUUGCAAAAAGGAUUUGAAGUUACUGUCUGAAGAGUUGGCGUUUCCGGAUGGUGUCAGAGACACUUACCUUUUGGGCUCUUGGCUCCAAAUGUGACUGCUUUUCUUGUUUCUGAAAGUCUCCCAAGUGCACUGGCCUUCUGUCAUGGACCUGAGUCCUGUGUUCAGUGGCUAGGACUGCACAUGGCUUCAGUGACUUUUCCUUUGCGAACUUCUCCUCUGGCAUGGUGUAGACUGAGACAAUUUAUUUGUAUCCUAAUCUUGGGGCUCUGAAAGCCUACAUGUUUUAACAUCUUAAAGUUGCUUUUGUUAAAGGAAUGGAAAUAUAUAUCCAUUGAUAAUAAUUAUUGUUGGCAAGUAAUAGUUAUCUGAAUACAUCAAUCAUAUAAGAAUGUAUAGACAAGCUGACAUGUUUCCCCAAGGCUAACACACUGCUGCAGCUCUCUGUCAGUUAAAUAGGUAGUAGUUAGAACUGAAUUACCAUUUUCAGUACUCCUGUUUGGUACCUCUAGAGUACUCUCCCUUUCAGUUUUUUUUUUUUUUUAAAGUGGGCUUUUUCUUUCAUUUUUAUCUUUACUUUUUCCCUUCACAGAAAUUAGCAGUGAGCGGUCAAAUAUUUAGGUAAACUUCAGUUUCAAAACAUUGCCAGGGAUGCAUGUGGGUUUUGAUUUCUUAGCUUGAAAGUUAUUCACUUAGAUUUCUUCUAGUAUUUUUUUAAACUGUCCUUUCUAUCUCAUUUUAAAAAGACUGUCUCUUGCUCUGUCCCAAUGACUGUUUGAAUGCCUAUCUAUUUGUUUAUUCAAUCUGUUGGUUGAAUAAAUUGUUCUUU